AUGAGCCAAGCGGAGAGAGCCUGCGCCUCCACCCCGUCAUGCCACCCCGUCGACGGCGGCAGCGCGCGGCGAAUGUACGUGACGCUGCGCGUUGCCGCCGCGCUGCUGUGGGUGCCGCACUCACUGGCCUCGCUGUACGUCGCCGCCACCGCCGCCACCACCUCCGUGUUCCUGUACGUGCUGGCCUUCAGCCUUGUCGCGAUUGCGCUCACGUACUACCUGGCGGCGUACAAGCAGUGCGGCGACUAUCUGAUGAUCAGCGCCUGGGUCUUCGGCAUCGUUAGCGACAGUGCGUGGACAGUGAUAGCGCCCAACACAAAACCCAUCUUUCAAAACGUGCUAUCUUUUUCUUCUUAUUCUUCUGCGGCUGCUGAUGCGGCUGCGGCUUCUGCCUCUGCGGCCGCGUCAUCUACGCACGACUACGAAAUUCCACGAUUUCUCUGGAUUGCCGUGGCGAUACUGCAGGGCGUUGUUGGCGGCAUGCUGUGCAAGCUGAAGGACAUAGAUGAGGACCGCUACUACCCUGCACACUCCAUUGGCGAGAGGCUCUACGUCGUGGUGCCCUUCUGCACCGGACAGUGGCUCUCCUUUAUUCUGCAGAACGGUUGGCGUGGCAUUGUGGUGGAGAACCUCACCAUUGUGCUCUCCCUCGGGAUGGUCGGCUACUGUGUGAUUAGCUACAAGCUGCUGCGCGAGCACACCUCGCUGGCGCGGGGUGACCUUAUUGGCUUCAUUGCGGAGCUCCUGACCACGUCAUUCGGCGUCGUCUUCACGGCUCUGGUGCUCGGAAGUGUCUUUGUGACUACCCUCGCAAUUCCCUUCCUGAAGUCUCUCUUCUCGCUGAAUGCCCUCGUGAGCUCCGUCGGCAUCGUGCUGGAGCUCAUCGUCUACGAGUUGAACUGA